CAACCGACGCCUCCUGCCUGCCCGAACAUCUACCGAGCGCGGCUCCUGUCGUUCCGGGUGCGGCCGAGCCCCCUUAUCAACCGCAGAGACGCGUCGCGACUCCUAAGGGUGUGCCAAGUUGGCGAGGACAGCUGGUGACGGCAAGUCAUGCUCAAACUCCCGCCUCGCCCGCGAGAUUGCUGUUGCGGCAACUUCGCAGGCGAAGUAGCCGUGUUUUCGCGUUGGCCUUUGGCUCCACGGCUGCGGAUAGCAGACCGGCCAGGCUCUGGCGACCCCCUGCAAGCGGGCAUAGUACGACGAGAUUCACCGACUUGGCAAACCACCCCUUCGCCCGUGCGUCGUUGGCUAGUAUGGAAAGUGUACCAUCCAUACGAGGCGCGAGUCCUGCCCAUGAGUCGCUGUCUCAUCCCACCCCUGGACUCCUCCAACCACUGGAGGGGCCCGGUGGAGCAUGGCAAGCUUUUGCGCCAAGUUCGACGGCGGCGGCGACGGACGAGGAGCUUGGCAAGCAGCAUCAGAGUCCCUCGCAGCGCGCUCUUCGAAGGGCGUCAGGCACUGCAAUCAUUGUAACUCCGCGACGCGCUCGAACGCAAGCUGCGGCGGCAAGUACCUUUCGCUCUGUCCCUCUACCGCAAAGGCAAGCCAGUCAAGCCCUGAGUUCGGAUGGACGCACCGAAGGCGUCUAUCCCGAUGCAUCCAUUCGCACCACAGACUUGAUUUUUCGAUUCCCUGCGCCGCCGAGUGAUUGUGCCCGCUCUAGUCGAUUUUAUCAUUCUGAUUGCCCGUCCACCUCCUAUGCGGACGAGUGGAAUAACCGCGAAGACGUACGAUCUGUCUCGCGAGGCGUAAGAGGUGGAGAUUGGAGUCGACAGACUGUGUUCCAACAAGAUGCACCACCAGGUACAUCUGGCCCAUCAUGGGCUUCUACUGAGAACGAACACCAACGCCUACGUGCCUUAACGAACGGAGCCCUGAGGUUCUCCAGUCACAGUCAACGUCCCGAUGCAGCACAACUGCCCACACAACAAGCAAGAUGCACUCAUCACGAGUCCCAUUUCCCUCUCAUCCCAAUCACCAUCACAUCAGCAUCAGGCCAAUACUGCCGACAUCGUCCUCUCAACGCACAAACGAACCACUACGAGCUAGACGGCGCAUCGCCUCCUCCACCCCUAUUACGCACCACCGACGAACAACAACAACCACCUCUCCGCCUCACACCAGCGCAACACGCCGCCAACGCCGCCCGGCGCGCAUCUGCCUCCACAGGCCACAGACACUUCAUCAACCGCCGCAUCAACCACGGGACCUGGCGCACGCGAAUGAAGCGCACAAAGUGCUGGCGCUGCGAGCUGGAGUCGCGCCGGAACGCCGCCAGCGAAGCUCUGUACCGUCGCACGAGGGAUUGGAAGGGGUGCUUGGUGCGGUUCAAGGAGAGGCUGCGGUGGAGUUGCUUUUGUCGGUAUACUGCUUACGACGACGAUAGUGAAGACGAGGAGAGGGUUAGGGGGGAGCAGGAGGUGGAGGAGCGAGUGCGGUUGGGGCGGAUGGGGGGUGAUUUGACGUGAUGCUUUGCCCUGUUCAUUUCGGUAUUCCUACGUUACCUUCUGCAUCAGACAGCAUGAUU